AUGCCAAUCGACUUAGCUGACAUCAAUCAUGUUCUAACAGCCUCACCAUCCCUGUGUCCAUUCGACGAAUCGGACACUGAACCCGAGCUGGAAUUAUAUAACGAUAAUUCCCAUCGUGCUCACCCACUUUCCUCUUCGCCAAUCGGUAUACAACGUCGAUCUUCUCCCGUCAUUCCUUCUCAAUUCCUUCAACCGACACCACAGAUAAGUGGCCAUAAACGUCCUUACGACGAAAUGUCACGGGCCAACACUCAUUCGCCUAUACUGGCGACUGAGGGAAGCACGGCUUUCCAAGCGCAUACCCUUGCUUUACUAUCGCUCAUCUCUCAACAUCCCUCGCCGGCUUUCCCGUUCCCUACCAACGGACAGGAUCCAGCUGGACAUCUUACUCUGUCAACUUUCCCAGGCAAGAAGACUCCCGCCGAAGAAGCUAUAGAAAGAGCCAUCAUAGCUUUAGGUGAGAGGGUCUGGGCCACAGAGCGAAAUCAAGGUGUAGUUCAUCAAGCACCAAAACUCCCUCCAGGUCAACAUCAAGCUUCUGAUUUGUUAACUCCCGAAUGGACACCUCCUAUCGCAAGUGUGAUCGCUGCCUCAGCUCAAGGAGUCUCACCAAUAUGUCCAACCUGUACUCGACCGAUCUCUGAAAAUACUACUCCGACCAAUACUUAUCCGUCUGUCUACGCUUCUCAUCCGUUAUCCGUAUCGUUAUCAACACCUGAUGCUCAAAUGAGACAACUUCCAUCUUCGCAAUUUGGUUUUAACCCUCCUCACUCGAUCUUGACUACUCCCUCUGGACAAUCUGUGUUGACCGGCGGACCAGGUUCGGCAUCCUGGUCAGUGGGUGAUUCAGGUAUGUCGGCAGAAAAGGAACUCGAACUGUUAAAGGCCCAAGUACAGGAUAUAGCUAGAGUAUGUAAAGCUGUAGCUACUGGUGAUUUGACUCAAAAGAUUAUCGUACCCGUUGAAGGACAAGCUAUGACCGAAUUGAAAAAUAUCAUCAACGCGAUGGUAGAUAGAUUACAGACUUUUGCGGUAGAGGUCGAAAGAGUAUCUCUAGAAGUAGGAACUCAAGGUAAAUUAGGUGGUCAAGCUGUUGUAGAAGGUGUUGAAGGUACUUGGAGAGAAUUAACGGCGGUGGUUAAUAAGCUGGCUGCAAAUUUAACUAAUCAAGUGAGAAGUAUUGCAAAGGUAACCAAGGCCGUCGCUAAAGGAGAUCUGAGUGAGACUAUCGACGUAGAAGCCUCAGGUGAAAUUGCGGAAUUGAAAACUACGGUCAAUGGAAUGGUGAUGUCACUUCGUACAUUGGCAGAUGAAGUAUCAAGAGUAUCAUUGGAAGUAGGUUCCCAAGGUAAAUUAGGUGGUCAAGCGAAUGUCCCGGAUGUUGAAGGUGUAUGGAAAGACUUAACGGUUAAUGUAAAUCGAAUGUGUGAAAGUUUAACAACCCAAGUGCGAUCCAUUGGUAGUGUCACUACUGCUGUAGCAAGAGGUGAUCUCAGUAAGAUGAUUGAGAUUGAAGCUGAGGGUGAAAUGGCCGUCUUGAAGAAUACUGUAAACUCUAUGGUUCGACAACUUACUAUAUUUGCCAACGAAGUGACGCGAGUAGCGUUGGAAGUAGGAACUCACGGUACACUUGGUGGACAGGCUGUCGUACCUGGUGUUGAAGGUGUAUGGGACGAUCUCACUACUAACGUGAACAAAAUGGCUAGAAACUUGACGGACCAAGUACGAGAAAUUGCGGAAGUGACAAAAUCGGUAGCUCGAGGUGAUCUCACUAAGACUGUCAAUGCGGAUGUACAAGGAGAAAUUCUGGAACUCAAAAUCACUGUCAAUGAUAUGGUUGCCCAACUUACCGUAUUCGCUGCUGAAGUAACCCGUGUAUCGCUGGAAGUAGGAACAGAGGGUAAACUAGGUGGACAAGCUGAUGUGCCCAACGUUGAGGGUACAUGGAAAGUUUUGACGGAUAAUGUGAACUUGAUGGCUUUGAACUUGACUACUCAAGUACGAUCCGUUGCCGAAGUCACCACGGCCGUAGCUGCCGGUGAUCUCAGUAAGAAGAUUGCUGUAGAUGCCUUUGGAGAAAUCCUAGAACUGAAGAACACUGUGAAUAAUAUGGUGGAAUCAUUGCGAAGUUUCUCAUCGGAAGUAACGCGUGUAGCCAGAGAAGUAGGAACGGAUGGUAGAUUGGGUGGUCAAGCUAGAGUACCUGGUGUAGCUGGUACAUGGAAAGAUCUUACGGAUUGUGUGAAUAUCAUGGCGGCGAACUUGACUGAACAAGUGCGAACCAUCGCUCAUGCUACUACCGCUGUGGCUCGAGGUGAUCUUACCCAGAAAGUGGUCGGUGUCAAAGUAUCAGGAGAGAUAUUGGAUCUAGUAAACACCAUCAAUAAUAUGAUUGACCAAUUGGCCAUCUUCGCUGCGGAGGUAACCAGGGUAGCUAGAGAAGUAGGAACAGAAGGUAAAUUGGGUGUACAAGCUGAGGUAGAGAAUAUCGAAGGAACGUGGCAGGAGAUCACAUCUAAUGUGAACACCAUGGCGUCCAACUUGACAUCACAAGUACGAGCUUUUGCUCAGAUCUCAGCUGCUGCGACGGAUGGUGAUUUCACGAGGUUCAUCACUGUUGAAGCGUCCGGUGAAAUGGACAGUUUGAAGACCAAGAUCAAUCAGAUGGUAUAUAAUCUUAGAGAAUCGAUAGAAAAGAACACAAAAGCUAGACAAGAAGCUGAAAUGGCAAAUAGAUCAAAAUCUGAAUUCUUGGCUAAUAUGUCUCAUGAAAUUAGAACCCCGAUGAAUGGUAUUAUCGGUAUGACUGUGUUGACGUUAGAAAGUGAAUUGACGAGACAGCAGAGAGAGAACUUGAUGAUUGUGUCGAGUUUGGCCGGAUCGUUGUUAACUAUCAUUGAUGAUAUUCUGGAUAUUUCCAAGAUCGAGGCUGGUCGAAUGACGAUGGAACAAAUCCCCUUCUCACUUCGAUUAGCGGUAUUCAGUGUACUCAAGACAUUAUGUGUCAAGGCAUCGCAGAACAAGCUUGAUUUGAUCUUCGAUAUCGAUCCUACCAUCCCCGAUCAAUUGAUUGGUGAUCCUCUAAGACUCCGACAAGUCAUCACCAACCUUAUCGGUAACGCCGUCAAAUUCACUACGAAAGGACAAGUGGCUUUAUCAUGUCGAGUUAAGGGAUACAUCAAUAACUCUGUCGGAUUAGAAUUCUGCGUGGCGGAUACAGGUAUAGGAAUCAAGCAGGAUAAACUUGAUGUCAUUUUCGAUACUUUCGCUCAAGCCGAUGGAUCUACCACGAGGAAAUAUGGUGGUACGGGUUUAGGUCUGACCAUCUCCAAGCGAUUGGUCAACCUCAUGUCGGGUGAUUUAUGGGUAGAAUCCGAAUAUGGAGCUGGAUCGAGGUUUUACUUCACCACUGUUGCUGAGAUGACCUCGACACCGAGAGAUCAGAUCAUAGAAAGAUUAGCUCCUUGGUCAGGAAGGAAUAUAUUGUUCAUCGAUACCCUCGGGGACGAAACUGGAAUAGCGACGAUGUUGGCUGAACUAGGCCUGAAACCGAUCGUCAUCCAUGCUGUGUCCGAAGUGUAUAACUUGCCUCAGCAGGGUUUGACAAUGUUCGAUACGAUGAUUGUGGAUUCUCUCAAAGCUGCUGGAGAAUUAAGAGGUAUUGAAUAUCUCAGGUACAUCCCAAUAGUAUUGCUUGCUCCUUCUAAUCGCCCACCUGGACCUGAAAACCCAUCGUUCAUUGAUUUACCUGAACCUCGUCGGCGACUACUUGCUUUACCUUCAGCAGGUGAUCAAUCCCUAUCUCCUAUCCCAGUUAAAGACUGCUUGGAAAUGGGUAUCAACACCUAUUACACCACCCCUUUGCAUCUUCAGGAACUGUCCAAUGCGAUUGUCCCCGCUCUGGAAUCUCAUCAGAUGCAACCUGGAGAUUCAGUGAAAGAUACCGUGUUGAGUAUUCUCUUAGCAGAAGAUAACUUGGUCAAUCAGAAAUUGGCCGUGAAAUUGUUAGAAGUUGCCGGACACAAAAUUGAAGUUGCCGAUAACGGUGAGAUCGCCAUUGAGAAAUAUAAACGAAGACAAUUGGCUCGAACGCCAUUCGAUGUCAUUCUCAUGGAUGUAUCGAUGCCUGUCAUGGGAGGUAUGGAGGCCACGGGAUUGAUCAGGGAAUUCGAAGCGAAUGAGGGUGUACCUCGUACGCCGAUCAUUGCUUUGACUGCACAUGCGAUGAUAGGUGAUAAAGAGAGAUGCCUAGAAGCUGGAAUGGAUCAUUAUGUUCCUAAACCUUUACGAAGAGGUGAUUUGAUAGCUGCUAUCGCUAGAGUAUUGACCAACAACCCUCCACCCUUAUCUACGGGAGGCGUACCUUUACAAGAAUCGAACCAGACGUAUGAUGUUGGUUUGGCAACGGGUCCAAGUGGGACUUACAAGUAG